AUGUCCCAGCUCAACUUUAAAUUCUCCAUUAAAUCGAUGAAGCUUUUGAUAUGCUUCAUUGGAAUCUCGUCCUUGUUGCUGCUGAUAUUCUGCCUCUACACUACACUAAACACUCCGGAAAAGAUGGUACAGCCACUUAUGCCGAGCACAGAUCAGCAGGUAAUCAGUUAUGAACUGCUGCGAAGUCAGAAUGCUGCCCUUGUGCCGGAAAAGUAUAACGAACAUGAAAUAAAGUCGCGAAUAAUUAGAGAUAAAAUCAAACGACUCGCUGGCGAUAGACAUGCUGAACUAAGUACGCCAGCUCGUAGGAACCGUACGAUAGCACUGAAUCGGAACAUCCAAAUCUUCUACUACGCUCCGGUAGCAUGGUACAAACCCCAUCCAACCCUACCAAGCUCAAAGCUAAUACGAGUAGCCGACAACGGAUCUGCCGUUUCAUUCCGUCCGAAUGAUGACCUAUCAAUCAACAUUGCGUUCUAUCCGAAACGAAAACUGUACAACACAACGGAAACAAUUAUCCGAGAUCAUUUCAAUGACGUUCAAAAUUGUGGAAUAGGGGUUGUGAUUCUAGUUUGGCAGCCCAGCUUCAAUGAAGGGUUGUUGAUGGCCACUUUCAAAACGGCUGCAAUCUAUAAUCUGAAAAUUGCCAUCGAGAUAUUGGAAUAUCCCGAUCGUACGAUUGAAAGUAUCAGGAAUAACAUCAAAUACUUUCUGGAUCUGUUCGGUAAGGAUCAGGAAAGUACAUUGAGUUAUUUUAAAGUACUUUCAAAACAACGGGAUCUGCCGAUAUUCUACAUCCGCCAGGCUUACAAAAUUCACGACUCCGAUUGGUCGCGACUGUUGUCUCGCAACGGGAUACUGACAAUCCGCGGAACCAGUUAUGAUGCAAUUGUACUGGCCCACAUUGGAGCAAAAGAGCAUAAAUCGAUUGUCCGGAGAGGUGGUUUCGAUGGAUUCUACACAUAUCUGCCCAGCAAUGGAGCGAAUUAUGCGACCACUUGGAAGAACUGGUCGCAGCUAAAAAAAUUCGCCGAUACGUAUAAGCUUCUUUUUGUACCAACGAUCGGUCCCGGGUAUUACGAUAGUAAAAAAUAUUCUCGAAACGGGCAUUUGAAUCACGGUGGAAUAACGAACAUCAAACGCUACCGUUCUAACGGUCAAUAUUUCGAUGUAGCUUGGAGGACGGCUCUGAAAAACAACGCCCAACUGAUCACCAUCAAUAGCUACAAUAACUGGGUCGAUGGGACGCAGAUCGAAGCCGCUAUUCCGGUGUUCGGCUUUCGAGACUAUCUUCCAGGGUCACCGGAAAAGUACCUGGAUAUUACCCAAUCCUGGAUCGAGGAAUUCGUCAAGUACAAGCUCAACAGUAUCAAGCUCAGCGGCAAGAGCGAAAGCGCUCUGGGCUGUUAUGAUUUUAUAAACAAUACUAUCUGUUAG